ACUUGCAUACAUGCAGCACCUCCGCCCAGCUGCGAACCGCAGAUCUCACACUCUAGUUCCCUCCUACGGGGUCCGCGAAGAAAACAAGGCUCACCAGAAGGCCUCUCGAUUCCUUCUCGCCCCGGUCCCGCGAUCCAAUCAUGCCAGCUUUUGGCCGUCUUAUUCCCUGCUUCACGGGAUUCUUCAUUGUCCUCUCUCCGACAGGCCCUGGCGUUGUAAUGGCAAUCCAACACACUCAACUUGCCUCACCCACAAGGCUGGCCUGGCCACAGCUGAUCAUCCUGUCCCACGGUGUCACCCGUAUCCUUGGAUUGGGGAACGAGUCGGCGUUCUACCCUCAAGGCGGGAGACUUUACCCACACCAUGACCAUGGCAGGCUAUGUACUGCAACGCCUCUUCACUUCUUGCUUUUUUUUUUGUCUCCUCGGUGGGUUUCGUCAAUGUUCACAAGAAAUGGCGCCGAACUGUCUUUCUUAAAUCAAGUACGAUCCGCCUCAGACACACCCAGACUGCCAAUGUGUCAUGGACAUGUCUGGGUUGUCUGGUCAAAGGUCGAACUGUAUUGGAGAGGGCUACCCUUCUAAUCUUUACCGGUCGUACCUCUAUCAAAGCACGAUCCACUUGAUGCUGUUCUAUUAGCCGCAAUCUAGUCAACCACGUUUUCGUAAACCCGGAGCCCCAUUUGAACGGCUCUUAGUGGCUCCUUUACACAUAUACUUUUUGAUUCUCGUUCUGCUAUCUUCUUUUGGGCCCGUCUCCGUCCGGGAUUUACAGGUGUUGUUGUUAAGCU